GAGCAGGAAAAUUCCCACCUGUGAGACGGACCAUACAGUAGAGGACUUUUCAAUUAUCGUCAAGGCCUUUGAUACGACAUCGAGACUAUUUGAAAAGGCACCAAAGCAUUGUGAAUCCUGACGUCAGAAUCACACAACGAUCUUUAACCCCCCACGCUGUUGAAUAGCUUUUCUGGCAAACGCAAUUGAGCAGCCAUGCCACAACCGUUAUCUUCGAAAGAGUCCUCACUCUUUAGGACUGUGGUUCGAAAUUAUGAAGAUAAGCAGUACAAGAAAGGUUUGAAAGCUGCCGACCAGAUUCUGAAAAAGAACCCUAAGCAUGGAGAUACUUUGGCUAUGAAAGCCUUGAUUCUAAACUCUCAAGGGAAAUCCGAUGAAGCUUUUGCGCUUGCGAAAGUGGCCCUCCAAUGCGACUUCAAAUCACACGUCUGCUGGCACGUUUACGGACUACUCUACCGCGCCGCGAAAAACUUCGAGGAGGCUAUCAAAGCAUACAAAUUUGCUCUGAAGCUGGAACCAGACUCGCAGCAGAUCCAGAGAGAUUUGGCGCUUUUACAAGUACAAAUGCGUGAUUAUGCGGGCUAUCUUGUUAGUCGCAAAGCUAUGCUAACUGCUAGAUCUACCAGUCGACAAAGCUGGACUGCGUUAGCUGUGGCAUACCAUCUCAAUGGCGAAUUGGCAGAAGCAGAGAGAACUUUAACCACCUAUGAGGGAACUUUGAAGAAUCCACCCUCCAAACUCGAUUUCGAGAACUCGGAAGCUGUUAUGUACAAAAUUACGUUAAUCGCAGAACAAGGUGAUGUCAAGAGAGCUUUGGAAUGUCUUGAAUCGGAUGGGAAACACAACCUCGAUCGCCUGGCUGUUAUGGAGCUAAAGGCAAAAUACUUGUUCGAGCUUGGACGAAAGGAGGAAGCUGUAAAGGCAUAUCGUGCGCUGGUCGACCGCAACCAGGAAUUCAAAACCUACUAUGAUUCCUUAAUCCAAGCUAUGGAGAUCGACCCGACCGAUUUGAAGGCUCGCAAAGCUGUUUACGAUGAAUAUGCAGAGAAAUACCCACGAUGUGACGCUGCGCGCCGGUUACCGUUGGAUUUCCUAGAAGGCGAGGAAUUUAAAGAGGCCGCAGACAAGUACAUUCACCGUAUGCUGGAUAAGGGGGUUCCAUCUACAUUCGCAAACCUGAAGCAUCUGUAUGCCGAUACAUCUAAGAAGGAGAUCUUACCGUCUGUCGUUCAACAAUACAUUGAGAGUGGAAAAAGUGAAGAGAGUUCGGAACCAAAGAGAAACGGUGACACAUCCAAGGGCAACUCAUCGGCUUAUUACUUCCUCGCACAGCACUACAACUAUUACUUGAGCCGCGAUCUUGACAAGGCUAUGGAGUAUAUUGAGAAGGCUAUCGAAUUAGAACCUAAAAGCGUAGAUUUCCACAUGACAAAAGCGCGUAUAUUUAAGCAUCAAGGAAACACCCAAAAAGCCUCUGAGAUCAUGGAGGAAGCUCGCAGUCUCGACACUAGGGAUCGUCACAUCAAUACCAAAGCUGCCAAAUAUCAACUUAGAAAUGAUGAAAACGAAAACGCCUUGAAGACUAUGGGUAUGUUUACAAGAGCUGAGACUGUGGGUGGGCCGCUAGCAGAUCUUCAUGAUAUGCAAUGUGUCUGGUUUUUGACAGAGGACGGAGAGUCUUAUGCUCGCCAAAACAAAAUUGGCCUGGCUCUCAAGAGAUUUACGGCAGUUUACAACAUUUUUGAUGUCUGGUAUGAAGAUCAGUUUGAUUUCCAUUCUUUCUUCUUACGUAAGGGUCAAAUUAGAGCCUAUGUAGAUAUGAUGAAGUGGGAAGACAAGAUCAGAGAACACCCCUUUUAUAGCCGAGCAGCUCUUUCCGCAGUCAAAGUCUAUCUUUCGAUGCAUGACAAGCCAACAUCAAACGGAGUUAACGGAUCUGAAGAAACCGAGGCAGAUGCUCUGGAACGCAAGAAGGCAGCAAAGAAAGCGAGAAAGGAAGCAGAGCGCCUGGAAAAAGAGGCUUUGGCAAAGAAAAAUGAACCCAACAAGCCAGUGAAAGACCAGGAUGGGGAAUUGAAGAAGAAGGAUGAUGAUCCUAAUGGAGAGAAAUUGGCGGAGACGAAGGAACCGUUGGUUGAUGCUAUGAAGUUUUUGAGUCCGUUGUUACAGUUCAGUCCCAAGAAUAUUGAGGCGCAAAUUCUGGGUUUUGAGGUAUUGAUUCGUAGACAGAAAUACCUCCUCGCACUUAAAUGUCUCAUGGCUGCAUCGGCUAUUGACAAGGAGAAUGAAAGUGUGAAAGAACAGAAGAUUCGCUUCAAGAAGGUCGUGGAAUCGGAACUUGAGGGAACCGAUCCUAAGGUUGUGGAGAUCAUUAAGGAGGAGUUUGCCAAGUUGUGAGGGGAAGGUCUCCUGGUUGGUGUGGGGAACGGCAGCAUUGCGAGAUUUACAGGGUAUAAAAGUUUUUCCAUAUAGUACUUCGAGGUUCUCAAACGACAAAGCGCCAUGGAUUGAAGGCAUAGCAUAGCAUGGCUCUUAUAGUUGAUGGACCUUUGGAGUUCUUCAUGAUCUAACCUCUUUCAUCUUGGCAUUGGUUCAUGGUAGGAAGGAUUGGGGAGAAUUAAAAAGAAAGGAAUAUGAAGGAAAAUGAAUUUAUUGAAAGAUUGGUAGAUAAAAGUUUGCCUACCUAUUCUAGGCACUGCGUCAGCUCUUCUCUAAUCUACCUGCCAUAGAUCUGUGGGUAACAUUAUCAGCGAAGGAUGGUGGAGCAAUGGAAGGAGAUUUAUUUGAGUGACGACAUCCGCUCUAUGUAGAUGAUAGAAAAAAUGGACACAAUAUUGAAGAAAUACGAAGAUGCUUAUUAGACUGCCUCAUUUGAUUACUAGGCAUAUAGAUUUAUCAUCCGGGAUGGAAGGGGGGGCUAACUGGAGAGGAAUAUCUUCUCCUUCGUCUUGACACGAGGUUGUUCCAAGGCACAUGGUUAAUUUCUGUUGGUAGAUAUUCGCUCUGUGUAGAUGAUUCUGCCAUUAUACA